AUGGCAAUUGCAGCAACGAGGAUGAGCCACGAAGAAGACGAGUCGAACAAGCAGCAUCAUGAGGUUGAGGUUGAUCAUGAUGAGCAUGAGCAUGACAUGGUGAUGCCGGGCUUUCGCUUCCACCCAACUGAAGAAGAACUGAUAGAGUUUUACCUUCGCCGUAAGGUGGAGGGCAAGCGCUUCAAUGUCGAACUCAUUACUUUUCUCGACCUUUAUCGCUAUGACCCUUGGGAACUUCCAGCUAUGGCGGCGAUUGGAGAGAAGGAGUGGUUCUUUUAUGUUCCGAGAGACAGAAAGUACCGGAACGGCGACAGACCCAACCGCGUGACCACAUCUGGAUACUGGAAAGCAACCGGAGCCGACCGGAUGAUUCGAAGCGAGAACUUCCGGUCAAUCGGGUUGAAGAAAACCCUAGUUUUCUACUCUGGGAAAGCCCCCAAAGGCAUCCGAACUAGCUGGAUCAUGAACGAGUAUCGUUUGCCCCAUCAUGAAACUGAACGAUAUCAAAAGGGAGAAAUAUCCCUUUGCCGAGUUUACAAGAGACCCGGAGUGGAAGACCACCCGUCGCUGCCUCGGUCUCUGCCGUCAUCCAGAGCCGCCGCCGCUAAUGCUAAUGGUGCAUCCACAUCAAGAUCACUACUGCAGGCUCAGUCUUCGUCAUCGUCCUCCUUAAACAAGAAGCAGCACAGCAUUAACAGUAGUUUGAUGGAAAAACUCCAAGCUAAUUUUAACUUCAAUGGAGGGUCAUCCUCACUUGGCCAAUCUGUACAACAACUUCAUCAUCAUCAUCAUCAAGAUCAGGUGGCUGCGGAUCCAAAGAUAAACGAAACUGAAGGAAGCAGCGGGAAUUCGGAUGUGACAAGCACUCUCGGGGUUGGCCUCCGUAGUAGUGCCACCAAUAUUCCAAUUCAUCAUCCAUCAUCGCCACUCGGACUACAACCACAUCACCAUCACCAUGGAGGAGUCUUACACCUCGAUGAUCAUCAUGCCGAACAAGAGGGGAUCUCCACAUUCUUGCAGCAGCAUCAUCACCACUCAAAGCCGCAAACAUUACUGUUCGCCGGAUCUUCUGUUUCCGCCACGUCUAAUGUGAUUGAUGAUCUUCAAAGACUCUUGAAUUACCAACAGCAGCAAGCAGUUUCCAACAUUGCCAAUCAACAACAAGCUUUACAUGUACAACAAUACUAUGACGCUCAUAGUCAUAAUCAUAACCACAACCAGCAACUACCCAGCAACGUAGUUAACCAUUUCUCCAGUCCUUUCCCAUUGGCACCUCCGCCACCGUCGCAGUCUCAGCUCUCCCCCAACGGACUUCCAGUAACUGCUUUCUCCGACCGCCUUUGGGACUGGAAUCCAAUCUCAGAGCCAAACCGGGCCCCAGAUCAGUACAACACCAAUCCAUUCAAGUAA